AUGGAGGCAUCUGAUGCUACUCCGACUCGGAGCCCCUACCACGAGAAACGCGCGCCCGAAACUAGCGGAAGCGAGAGUUCGAGGGACAAGACAACCAGUCCAGAUACAACAGAAACGAUGACGACCAUUACAAAGAAACGGCGACUUGACGAGGCAGGUGAAGCGCCAGUCAUACUCGGGUUGACAGAAGCCUUCGAUGAUGGUACCGCCAGAAUAGUGGCCACAGAACCCGAUGCUUUUUUUGGCUGCGCAAAAGCGCCCUCCAACUCAUCGCCAAUGCAUCUUCCUGAUGCGCAAGAGGAACCCUGUCACAUCCUACAAUCUAUAGAGGUCGAUGUCAUUGAGCAACAGGAUGUGGUGGGAGUGUCCAUCCUAGAAGACCAAGCACCAUUUGCGAGCAGGGAAGAAUUCGAGGCAGCCAAUGUCACGACCUGGAAGCGCUCACCUAGGUCUCCCUCGCCACUCGAAGAUCCAAGACUUCCUCACUGGAGGGCUGAAACUCGGUCAUUCAAGGGAAAUAUGUUCUGUCACCAUCAAUCACCUGGAACAGCCAUCGAGACAGCCAAGGCCGCCCACAAUGGGAAUCUUUUCGUGGAUGGAGCUCCACAGUUCACCAUCUUCUGUGACGGAUCCAGCGAGAACACUCGCUUUGCACAGUUUCGCGGGGAUAAGGGAGGAUACGGUGUGGUCUUUCGGGACCCCUACGAAACCGUUAGUCACAAUGAUGUAGACCUUGCUCCCAACCGCCUCAAACCCAAAGUCCUCGGCAAAGAGAAAGAGGAAGACUGGGGUGUGGAAGACUUUGUGGUUUUGAACUGGUUGAACCGCAAGGUCUAUAGUGCCGAUCAUGCGGAAAUCAGCGCUCUUUCACAGGGACUAGAUGAGGUCACCAAACGUGUCGACCGUUUUGGUCCUCCCUCAUCCACACUCAAGAUUUUCUCGGAUUCGGUCAGCUGUCAAAGGCGCAUCAACAAGGGCAUACUCGUUGGUGAUGACUUUGUGUCAGGCGGCAAGAACCUUAUGUCAGAUGACAGAAAUGCCACGUCGGGAAAAAAACGCAAGAGAACUGAGGUCACUUUUUAUGACAAGCACACAAACCCCUUUGUGCGCGCAAUUGUCUGGCAGUCGCAUUAUCUCUUCGAACGUGGCUGCACGACAGAAAUCCACUGGAUGCCUCGCAACUGCACUUUUGCCGCAUUUCUCGCAGAUCAUGUCGCUGGUUUGUGGCGGCUAGAAAACGCCGACUUCAGCCAGUCGAAUCUCGCACGCGAAGAAAGGGACGGGAUCAUGGACAAGUUGAGCGGGGAGGUCUACGAGAUAGUGCGUAGAAGAUCUACGCCUCCACCAAAUUCUCGACCUUCCAAGAAGAGGAAGGUGAAAAGACCACCAUCGAAGAAUAAGCGCCUCACCAAAAACAUGAAGCGCGCCCAAAAGAAGCCCAAGGCCAGCAAGAAGCCUUGCUCGGCUAACCACCUCAACACCCGGUCCUUUCCCUUUCGCCCCUCACCGUCACCAUACGGUCAACCUUCUUCUUCUCAGUGGGUUUCAAGUAACCCAUUUCCACCUACCCCGGCUCCUUCUGUCAGUGAGCCGUCAUUGCACCAAGACCACUACCCCUCAGCAGAGCAUCGCGUGCCCACGUUGGAUACGUUUCCAACAUGGUUCUUCCGAGAUCCUACACCGCCUCGUAUGGUACGUGCUCCGACGCCCGGGCGCUGUUGGGAGAUAGAGGAUGAGGAUGAAAUUGAGGUUGGCAUUGUUCGUAAUGAGGAGAACAAGUCGAGUCAAAUGGACAGUGAGGAGGAGAAGAAAGACAAAGAGCAGGAUAAUUGUAGUGGAAAUAAUGACGAGAAGGAGAGCAAAGAGUAG